AUGGCAGCAUUACAGAUUUCAUUAGUUUUUGACAAAAAGGGAAGACUGACAGCAACCUCAAUGAAAUGUGACCUGACAAACCCAAAAAGACGUGACAUGAAUGGGUUCUUUUUAAGCAUACCAAUGUCCCUGGAAAAUCAUCCAAUUUGGGCAAAAUGUAAAGACUCAGUAGGAACGAUUAACUGUGAGCCCUACCGGCCCUGUUUGAAGGAGGGGGUUAUGCCAACCUUUCAGAAACAAUACCCAUUGAGUGAGGAAAAGUUAGAGGGUAUAAGGCCGCAAAUUGAGAAAUACUUACAGAUGGGAAUUCUUAGGAAGAUUGUCAGUCCCUGGAAUACACCGAUAAAUCCCGUAAAAAAAAAUAAUGGCACAUGGAGAUUUGUACAGGAUCUAAGGAAGGUAAACAAGGCAAUUAUCCCACUUCCCCCGUUGGUGGCAGACCUUACAGCUGUGUUUGGGGCCAUUCCUGCGGGAUCCAAAUACUACACUGUAGUUGACCUCAGUAAUGCGUUCUUUUCCAUACCAGUGGCUUGGGAUGCACAAAGUCUUUUUGCUUUUCAGUGGGCUGAUGAUGGUCAGGUGACUUGGACCCGUCUCCCACAAGGUUUUGGGGAUAGUCCAGCAGCCUUUUCUAUUGUAUUAAAGGCUACAUUGGAAGAUUGGGAACCAAAGAGGGGAUCCACCUUAAUACAGUACACAGAUGACCUUUUACUCUCCAAUUCGGAGUUAGAAGCCUGCGAAAUAGAUUCACAGAGUUUAUUAGACCACUUGGCAAGCAAAGGACACCUGGCCUCGAAGAAGAAAAUCCAAUAUGCAAGUACCCAGGUAGAGUAUCUGGGGUGCAUAAUAGAGGCAGGAGAGAGAAAGAUCUCACCCGCUAGAGUCAAGGCAGUGACCUCCCUAAGCAGGCCAGGGGACAAAGCUACAAUGCUGUCCUUUCUAGGGUCAAUAGUGUAUUGUAGGCAGUGGAUUCCUGAUUGCUCCCAUUGGGAUUCAAUCCUAAGGAAAACUACACUCACAGAAGCACCAAAGGUAGUGGAGUGGACAGAGGACAGAGUAGAAGCCUUUGAGAGAUUGAUUCGGUCCCUGACCCAAGCCCCAGCCUUGGCCCUGGCAGAUUAUGGAAAACCAUUCCAAUUAUACUGUGUGGUAUCAGGAGAAACCUAUGCAGCGGUUUUGACACAGACACAUGGGGGAAGAAACAGGCCAGUUUCAUACCUAUCGAGAAAAUUACCUCCUGUAGUUCUUGGAAUGCCUCACUGUCUCCAAGCAUUAGCAGCCGCGGCCAUGUCAGUAAAAGAUGUUACUAAGAUAGUCCAUGGAAAUGUAAUGGAACUUUUCACCACUCAUACAGUUUUGUCCCUCCUUCAAAACAUGACCACACAACACAUGACAGCUCAGAGACUGUCCGGAUAUGAGACCAUAUUACUCAGUACGGCAAACCUGGUGAUAAAGACAUGUCCAGACACCUCACCAGUGAUAAGAUUUUUGCAUACACUUUUGAGACUUAAGUGUGAAGGUUCUGACGAACAAGUAGACCCAACACCUGAACACAGAUGUGAUGAAGUGAUCUUGUCAUGCACAACACCUAGGAAAGAUUUAAAGGACACGCCACAGACUGACAGUAUAGAUGUUUUUGUGGAUGGAUCAUGCACAAGACCAGAUGACAGGACAUAUCAAACAGGUUACGCAGUAGUCAUGCUCCCAAAUCAAGUGAUAGAAGCUGAACCAAUUGUCACAACUUCGGCACAACAAGCUGAGCUGGUAGCGCUCACAAGAGCCUGUGAAAUAUUCGCAGGACACAAAGUGAAUAUUUAUACUGACAGUAGCUAUGCAUUUGGAACAGUGCAUGAUUAUGCAUUAAUAUGGAAAAAUAGGGGAUAUAUCUCAGCAGAUGGGAAGCAGAUAGCGAAUCAAAAAUACAUAGAUCACCUGCUACGUGCAAUUCAACUGCCAGAAGCUAUAAGUGUGAUAAAAGUGAAAGGACACUCUGCAAAAGGAGAUUAUCAAGCUAUGGGAAACAACUUAGCAGACAGAGCAGCGAAAAUGGCAGCCAAGAGAGACACGAGAAGGGAAAGUAAGUUAUUAUUCAUGACAGAUUUUGAAAGUGAAAACUGGGUGUCAGUAGUAUAUCAACUACAGAAGCAGUCUACCAGUGAGGAUAUCAAGUACUGGAAAUCUCAGGGACUGCAGAUGACAGGUACAGACCCAACUCAUCCAUUCUUGCCCGGAGACAAGGUUCUGGUGAAACAACUGGCUGUCCGCCACAAGACUGGUCCAAUAUAUCAAGGUCCAUUUGAGGUUCUGAGAGUUGCUCGAACGGCUGUCCUUACCGACCAGAGUCCACAGUGGAUACACGCCAGCCGACUCAAGAAGACACCGGAAGGAGUCCUGAAGGAAUUCCCCGGACAAGCAUGAGUCUUUUGGACAAGAUGCCUUCAAAGGAAAUGACUUUGAUCAUACCCCCAAGCCUGCAAAGUAGAUAUGAGCAAUGGCUAAGAGGCUAUCCUAAACCACUUUGUCCAGAGGAUCCAAAGACUAUGCAGGACUUGUAUGAGGAAGAAUUCAUGUUCAGGGAAUAUACCAAUGAACUAGAGACUGAGGACUUGAAAGAUCAAAACUUUCCUGAACCAUUUAGUAAGCAGAUGA